AUGGGCGCAAUCAAGAGAGUCGGAGUCAUCGGCGCGGGGCCGGCGGGGGCCAUUGCCAUUGAUGCGCUAGCAAAGGAGAAGGCUUUCGACAUCAUUCGUGUGUUUGAGCGCCGGGAGGCGAGCGGCGGAUGCUGGAUUGGCGACGAGGAACCGCCGCCUCACCUCACCGACUUCCCCUCCCUCGCCGACCGCACCGCAGACAGACCCAGCCCGAUCCCGGAGUCUCUUCCGGCGCAGACCCCGAAACAGAAGGCCCCGCGCUUCACCGAGUCCGGCAUAUACCCGUACCUAGAGACCAAUGUCGACGCAAUCCCCAUGUCCUUCUCGGACGCUCCCAUCUCAGAUGAGCGGACACCCAACUCAAUCGCCCUGCACGGCCCUUCAACGCCAUUUCGUCACUGGACCGUCAUGAGAGAUUACGUCCGGCGCAUUGUCAACGAGUAUGAGGGCUUUGUGUCUUAUAACACCACCGUUGAGCUUGCCGAGAGGGUGGGCGAUGAGUGGAAGGUUGUCCUAAGAAAGGAGGGCAAAGACACGGACGAGUGGUGGGUUGAAUGGUUCGACGCGGUUGUCGUUGCGACGGGACACUACUGGGUCCCCUACGUCCCCAAGAUUGAAGGCCUCGAGGAGUUUGAGAGAGCUCGCCCAGGCAGUGUCAUCCACAGCAAACACUACCGCGGAAGAGAAGAUUUCCGUGGAAAGCGCGUCGUGGUUGUCGGCGCCUCCGUCUCAGGAGCCGACAUUUCAGUUGACCUCAUCAACACAGCAAAACUCCCCAUCUACUCCGUCGUGAACGGGCGCAAGGCCAAUCUCUAUUUUGGCGACGGCGCCUUUUACCACCCCAAGAUAUCCCGACAGGCCACAAUCUCACGCAUCGAGGGCCGGACGGUGCAUUUCAUAGACGGCACGUCGGUCUCAGACGUCGACAGCAUCAUCUUCGCGACGGGCUUCACCUGGACGCUGCCCUUCCUGCCAUCCGUCGAGGUUCGUAACAACCGCGUGACGGGGCUUUACCAGCACGUCAUCUACCACCGCGACCCGACGCUCCUGUUCAUCGGCGCCGUGGCAGCGGGCCUGACGUUCAAAAUUUUUGAGUGGCAAGCCGUCCUGGCGGCGCGCGUGCUUUCCGGCAGGGCGAGACUGCCACCGGCGGAAGAGCAGGCCAAGUGGGAGGCCGAUCGCGUUGCGGAAAUGGGUGACAAGUUUCCACUGGUGCACCCGCACUUCGAGGAGUACUUUGAGACUCUGCGGGCGCUGGCGGGCGAGCCCGAGAAUAGCGUCGGAAGACGGUUGCCGCCGUUUGACCCCUCAUGGUUCCAGGUAUUCCUCGACGGGUUGGAAUUGAGGAGGAAAAUGUGGGUGAGACUGAAUGCGAAGGCUCAGGAAGAACUUUUGCAAGCAGGUGGGCUUGGCGCGACAAGCGAAGCGCUCGUGGCAGAAAAGACCCCCUUCCACAUCUCUCGCGGUCAGCGCGUUUUGGCUUGUUUUUGUUUCGAGACGUCCCGUGGCUUACGGUGCGUGAGUAAUGGUGGCCAUCAAAAAGGCACAAUUCCCGCGCUUCUGUCGCGGCAGGGCAGGGAUGGAGUGAGCGAGUCUCAAGAGUGCACUGCCAAAAUCCAGAUUAUGAGCACGACACCACCCCCGAAGCCGUCGAGGCUCCCAGCGGCCUCACGGCUGGGUCGUCGCAUCAAGGAGUUCGACAUCAUGGGUAUUCUUCAUCCACCGCGCCUGAUGCCCGACUUUCUCGCCAGCGACGUGGCUGGUUUCUUCCUCCACGUUGUUCUGGCGACAGACUGGUCGUCUUUCUGGAAAGCCAGGCUGUUUCAGGCUUUCCCGUUCUCCCAGACGAUCGCCGAGACCUUCGCUGAUUUCUGGAGAUCCUUUUGGGACGAGAGGUGGCAUACCGAGAACCUGCUGGAAGCGAGGGCGAGAAAAUGGAACCCUCACCUUUACAGAGCCAUGCCGCCGCGCCCCCGGACUUACCGUGAGAUUCUCAACCGACAGCAAGCCCUGAAGAACUGUUGCGGUGCGCAGUUCCACGGGCUUGAAACGCCUGAGGUGGUCAGGAACAUGUUGCUACAAAUCGCCAUGGCCGUGUGCUGGAUGUGGGCGCUGUUCAAAGACCACAUGGCGGUAGUGUGGCUGCUGGCCGAGAUCGAGAACAGGACGCAAGGAUAUCGACAAAAUAUUGAGUUCUCUGUGCCUCCGGUCGUUCGAAAGGGGGAAGGAAUCAUGCCAGUUGUCAAAGAUGAGCGGCGGCAGCACUGUCUAACCCGCAUACAGCAACGGAUUGAUCGUGGGCAAGACCUGAUUACCAGGUUCAUGGAGCUGGAACUCUGCCCAGUUGAACGGGAUGAAGACACCUGGAGCGAGAACGACUGGCUGACUGAGAAGGAUGGCGAGAUACCCGCAGACAUGCCCGAUGAAGACCGCUUCCUCGUGAAUCGCGUCGUUUUCUCGGCCGGUCUGUCAUGGUUCAUGGUAUCGAUCAGCUGUGACUUUGCGACGUUCUACCUUUUUGUCCUCCUGUCUCGCCUGAGAAGUCGUGUACUUGGAUGA